GUCUCGAGACCCCAACUCGCCCCUUCCCCUUUCCUCUCCCCCCCUCCCUCCUCUCCUUUCGCAUCCCAUCGCAUCACAUCACAGCCCCCACCGCCGGCUGGCCUGCUGCUCCGUCCUCCCCUCCUCCGCCUCCGCCUCCGCCUCGCGGGACGCGUGAGACCGUACGUCCUCCGGGGGUCUGCUGCGCCGGCGGAGACGAGGGAUCGGCGGGGAUGGCGAGGGAGCGGCGGGAGAUAAAGAGGAUAGAGAGCGCGGCGGCGCGGCAGGUCACGUUCUCCAAGCGCCGCCGCGGCCUCUUCAAGAAGGCCGAGGAACUCUCCGUGCUCUGCGAUGCGGACGUCGCGCUCAUCGUCUUCUCCUCCACGGGGAAGCUCUCCCAGUUCGCUAGCUCCAGUAUGAAUGAGAUCAUUGACAAGUACAACACACAUUCCAAAAAUCUGGGGAAAGCAGAACAGCCUUCACUUGACUUGAACUUGGAACAUAGCAAAUAUGCAAAUUUGAAUGAGCAACUUACGGAAGCAAGCCUCCGACUCAGGCAGAUGAGAGGUGAGGAGCUUGAGGGAUUGAGUGUUGAUGAACUACAGCAGUUGGAGAAGAACCUGGAAGCUGGUCUGCAUAGGGUGCUUCAAACAAAGGAUCAACAAUUCUUGGAACAGAUCAGCGAGCUCCAACGGAAGAGUUCACAGCUGGCAGAGGAGAAUAUGCAAUUGAGGAAUCAAGUAUCACAGAUACCCCCAGCUGGCAAGCAAGCGGUUGCUGAAACUGAAAAUGUUAUUGCUGAAGACGGGCAAUCCUCUGAAUCAGUGAUGACUGCACUGCACUCUGGAAGUUCACAGGAUAAUGAUGAUGGUUCGGAUGUAUCCCUGAAAUUAGGGUUGCCUUGUGUUGCAUGGAAAUAAGAAGACAAGUGUCCGUGCGGAUCUGGAUGGAGGAGCUGCGGCCUCUGCGGAUAGGCACUUGUGUUAUGGACAAACCCAGACUGCAAUAAUCUUUGCAUUGGAAGCGAGAUCAGUUAACCUGAUUUGUCAUCCUUGUGGCUUCAUGAUGCGAUGUGCCGCUUGUACCGUCUGCUAGGAUGUUAACUAAGCUUUUUAGAAUCAUGUCUACUUUUGUUCUUAUCACUGUACUGCUAUGUACUUGAUGCUAGCUAUCAUAAGUUAUGGUCUAUGACUUGCCAGCUUAUACCUAUAUAUAUUGUCUUUGAUGAAA